ACAAGCGCAAAGCCCAAAAAUAGUCCAAACCAUUUCUCUUCCCCUAACGUUACAACGUUUCACCACAACACGUUUCCACUAAUCGUUAACGAAAAUGAAUUUUGAAAUUGAAAUUGAAAAUUGAAAAUACUCCCGCUCCAUCCUCUAUAAAUAUUCGAACUCAGAGAGCCGUUAGAGAAAAACAAAACGAAAUACACGAAAACUCAGAACGAAAGAAACAAACCGAAGCAGAGAAAAUGGCGACGAAUAUCGGAAUCAUGGACGCUGCUUACUUCGUCGGUAGAUCUGAAAUUCUUUCAUGGAUCAAUUCAACUCUUCAACUCAAUCUCUCCAAAGUCGAAGAGGCUUGUACUGGUGCGGUUCAUUGUCAGCUUCUUGAUGCCGCUCAUCCUGGAAUUGUUCCGAUGCAUAAGGUGAAUUUUGAUGCUAAGAAUGAGUAUGAAAUGAUUCAGAAUUAUAAGGUGCUUCAAGAUGUUUUCAACAAACUCAAAAUCACUAAGCAUAUUGAGGUUAGUAAGCUUGUGAAAGGAAGACCGCUGGAUAAUCUGGAGUUCAUGCAAUGGAUGAAGAGAUACUGCGAUUCCGUCAAUUCUGGACAGAACAGUUAUAAUCCUUUGGAGAGGAGAGAGGUAUGCAAGGGGGGAGGAAGAGAAGUGAGUAAAAAAUCUGCACACUCUCAACCCUCAAACAAGGGUGGUUCUACUUCACACAGGCCUCAACCCUCCCAUGCUGCUCGAAGAAAUGAUGUGUCUACUGCAAACCCUGCAAAUCAGGUGGCUGCAAAACCCACAAGGCCUUCUGCUGCUGCUGCUGCUGUAGCCCCUGCAUAUGAUCAACAGAUAACGGAAUUGAAGCUAUCCAUUGAUAGUCUUGAGAAGGAACGGGAUUUCUACUUUGCAAAACUGAGGGAUAUUGAGAUACUUUGUCAGACUCCAGAAGUUGAAGAUUCACCGGUUUUUGCAGCAAUCCAGAAGAUAUUGUAUGCUACUGAUGACAAUGGAUCGGAGUUAGCAGAAGCUCAAGCUAUGCUUACUGCUGGUCUACAGGAAGCAGUGCCGUUGAGCCCCAUCGCUGAGGUUUCUGAGGAGAAGAGUUCUGAAACUCACAAGAGAAAGAAUUUUGCCAAUCCGGAGGUUGAUGCUGCUGGCGUUUCUAAUUUGUCUCCUAGAAGAAGGCUCUCAGAUGUUUCCAAUAUUCACCAUAGCGGGUCAUCUCUUAUGACCUGAAGGAAAAUUAAAGGAGGAAGAAAACUGUUUUGUUUACAAUAAUUUCUUAGUCAUGUGUUAAGUGACAAUGUUUUUUGUAAUGAUUAGGGGGUUUCUAAAGAGACUAUUUUGUCAUGAAUAUGAUAUAUGGUUAGGGGUUUCUAAAGCGACUGUUGUGUCAUGAAUAUGAUAUAUGGUUAGGUUAUGUUGAUCCAGAAAUAUAGCUAUUUUCUAUUUUAAAAUCCAGUGUGAUUUCUGGCUUAA